UUUGGAAACUGUAGAACCACGUGAUCACGCGGUGGCUACCGAAUCAUAUGGAGCUCUGACACGUCGAAGACUGGAAUGGCAUCCGGAUAGAAUUUUAUGCAAGCGUAUCAAUGUUCCGCACCCAUAUCCAGACAUCGACAUGGAUAGGCCAGAAAUAGCUACUAAGACCACCGAACGAAAAGGCAUGGUUAGUGGUUAUGUCAUCUACAACACAACCAACACCAAGUUACUGAAAUUUGCCGAGGCUCUAGCCAUUCAUACUGUCAAACCUGAUCUAUGCAAACAACGUGAACGUUCAACAUUUGUCGGUUGUCCGGACGAGCGGCGUCCAUCUAAUCAGCCUUGGCGACGGAAUCGUCGCGGUAGUUUUACUGCUCUCGGCAGCCACAAUAAGUUUUCCUUGUUCGAUUUGCUGGAUGUGAAUCGGGGCACGGAACAGGGCACAGAGGGAACAGGUAGUGAAGAAGAGGAGGAAUCGCCUGAACUAAGCCACAUAGAUGUCAAUAAAUCACACAAAGGGACCAACUCAUCUGUGGAUAAAGCCGAUUUCAGUCAACCACCUGCACCUUUAUUUGCGGCACUGUUCGAAGCCGCAGCUGAUGCUGCAAAAGACUCUCCGAGUUCCACCUCUGAUCCUCGUGAAAGUUCAUCUGCUACUACAGGGGAAAGGAAACAGAACUUUGGCUCAACUGCGUCUGCCGACCCGCCAACUCCUCGUCACAUUGGCCCGAUUCUUCCUUCUGGUAACGAUGGAGAUGUAUCAUUUACAAUAGACGAAGAAGAGAAACGUCCAUCAAUGGAUUUAUUCAAAUCUAUUUUCGCUUCAGAUGAGGAAUUAAGCGAAUCGGAUGCCGAAGAGAGCUUGCACCCUCCAGAUCCCCGUACUACAGAGCUGAUGAAAGGGGAAAGAGCGGAGCUCACGCUCCCCAGACCUACACCUACAGGUCCUUCCUCUUUGUUCGCACACUUGUUCGAAUCAGCAGGCGAUUUGGACACUCCUUUGCCGGGGCUGUCACGACUAUCAUCAACAGAAAUGAGAAGCGCCGAUUGUCGCGAGGCGAACGGGAAAAAUACACAAGAACCGGAUCCGCAGUUCGUCCACGGACCUUCCCUACCUCCUUCUUUCGACCCGAUGUCACAACAAGCGCAACACAGCAAUUCGGUUCUUGCCGCUCCUGUCUCGCGCCAGAACGAUUCCUAUCUAACGGAAGAGGUCAUUGAAAACAUUGAGAUCAAACUGGAAACGGGUGAGAAUAACGCGCUCUGCUAUUUCAAGUCCAGAGUAAGUGAUGCACUUAACGAACCCGGGAUGGAGCGAAAUUUUUUGAAAUCUUCCCGUGUCUUGGAUGAGCUGACUGCAGAGGAGAAAACGGAAUUUGUGGCGUACGUUCAAUCGCCUGCAGACAAGCAAGUCAAGCGGAUACGUACGGCAUUACGAAAAUGUAUCAACUCUAGCAAACUGGUUGAUGAGUUCCCAGCAGAUCCGAAGAGGUUUGUUCACAAUUUGUCGUCUGUAAACUUAGACAAGACUUUGCUUGGGGUGCUAUCUCUGGGGCCAAAAUUCUGUUGUCCGACCAGUAAGACUAAGCAAUUAGAUUUUGAAGUUGAAUUUGAGAGUUUAUUCGCUCAGCUAUCUGGACUGGCGCCAUCCUCUUCGCAGGAGUUCGAUAAACUUAAACCCACACUUGUGAACUCAUGUUACCAGUAUCGCGAUCGUAAAUCAUCAACAAAAGGACUGCUAACUUUGGAACACCUGAAGCGUCUCAGAGAGUUGAUAGCCGAUAGAGAAUUGAUGAUAUCAAGACCAGAUAAAGGUGCAGGUAUUGUAAUCAUGAAAAGGUUUGAUUACAUAGAGAAGAUGAGGACGAUAUUGAAUGAUCCAUCGAAGUUUACAAAGACUUCAACUGAAAAGGAUAAAACGAUUCAGAUAGAAAAAUUGAUUUCCACGCAAUUACGGUGUCUGAAGCAAAAAGGACCAAUCGAUGUAGGAACGUUCGAGAAAAUAAUACUAACGGGUACAACAAUUCCUAGAUUGUAUGGACUUCCGAAAGUACACUAA